AUGAGUGCAAGGGAAUACACUUUGAGGUUCACUCAACUAUCCAAGUAUUCUCCUUUCAUUGUGGCGGAUCGUAGGGCUAAGAUUAGUAUGUUUGUGUCGGGUGUGUCUGACAUGGUAGUCAAAGAGUGCCUCACCGCUAUGCUUGUCCAUGACAUAAACAUUUCUAUCCUUAUGGUGGAUGCCCAACAAAUUGAGGAAGAAAAGCUCAAGGAAAGAUCUAUAGAGGCAAACAGAGCAAGAGUGGAUGAUGGUAACUAUUCACAUUCUAGGUCCGGUGGAUGUGGUCGUUCAAGGUUUCGACAAAAAUUCUCUGGGCAAGGUUCUUCUAGUUCUCCAACAAGGCCUAAUAAUGAAAGGGUGUCUAACCUAAAACCUCAAGGAGAUGGUAAUAGGUCUUCGAUGCCUACUUGUGCUAAAUGUGGGAGAAAUCAUGAAGAGAAGUGUCUAGCGGGUUCUAAUGCUUGUUUUGGUUGUGGAAAGACGGAUCACAAAAUAAGGAAUUGUCCUUCGGUUGCUAAGAAUGAUGGAGAUGGUCGCCGUAGGGCUCAACCCUACCCUUCAUCCGGUCCGAGUGGUUCGGGUGGGAAUGCUUCUAAGCAAAACCAUUUCUAUGCUCUCCAAACUAGAGGUGAUCAAGAGAGUUCCUCAGAUGUGGUGACUGGUAUGUUAAAAGUUUUCCAUAUAGAUGUGUAUGCCUUACUUGAUCCAGGUGCUACUUUGUCCUUUGUGAUCCCUUAUGUAGCUAUGAAAUUUGAUAUGCUUCCCGAUGUGUUGUUAGAACCUUUUUUUGUCUCUACCCCUAUUGGUGAUACUGUGGUGGCAAAAAGGGGUUGUGUCUACCAUAUAGUGAGGGUGAUGGAUGUGGAGUUUGAAACUCCUAUUCUUGAGUCGGUCCCAAUUGUAAAAGAGUUUCUGGAAGUUUUCCCCGAUGAUUUACUCAGUAUUCCUCCUGAAAGGAAAAUAGACUUCGGGAUUGACCUUCUCCCCGACAUCCAACCUAUCUCUAUUCCUCCAUAUGGAAUAGCUCCGGUGGAACUUAAGGAGUUGAAUGAUCAGUUAAAGGACUUAUUGGAUAAGAGUUUCAUCUGA